AUGUUGCCCAGUCGACGUCUGCGACAAUCGCUGCUUCAACAUCAUCUUCAGCACCUGUUGCCCAGCCGACGUCUGCUGCCAUCACUUCCUCCUUAUCAUCCUCAACGCCUGUUGCUCAGACGACAUCUGCUACAAUCACUCCUUCAGCAUCAUCCUCAGCCGUCACACAAUCUUCAACGCCUGUUGCUCCAGGCGACGUCUGCUACAAUCACUGCUUCAGCAUCAUCAAUCAACGCACUGCAUCCCAGUCGACGUCUGCGACAACCGCUGCUUCAACAUCAUCUUGUACCAGUCAGCCGACGUCUGCUACAAUCGCUUCUCGCUGCAUCAUCCUCAACGUCUGUUGCCGAAUCGACGUCUGCUUCAGCAAUCCGCUGCAUCAGCAUCUCCCUCAACGCCUGUUGUCCAGUCGGCGUCUGCCACAACCGCUGCUUCAACAUCAUCGUUAGCUGUGGCACAGUCGUCAACGCCUGUUGUCCAGUCGACGUCUGCCGCCAUCGCUGCUUCAGCAUCAUCGUCAGCUGUGACACAGUCGUCAACGCCUGUUGCCCAGCCGACGUCUGCUACAAUCGCUACUUCUGCAUCAUCCUCAACGUCUGUUGCCGAAUCGACGUCUGCCACAAUUGCUGCUUCAGUAUCUCCCUCAACGCCUGUUGUCCAGUCGACGUCUGCUACAAUCGCUGCUUCAACAUCAUCGUCAGCUGUGACACAAUCUUCAACGCCUGUUGUCCAGUCGGCGUCUGCUACAAUCACUCCUACAACAUCAUCGUCAGCUGUGACACAAUCUUCAACGCCUGUUGUCCAGCCGACGUCUGCUACAAUCGCUACUUCUGCAUCAUCCUCAACGUCUGUUGCCGAAUCGACGUCUGCCACAAUUGCUGCUUCAGUAUCUCCCUCAACGCCUGUUGUCCAGUCGACGUCUGCUACAAUCACUCCUACAACAUCAUCGUCAGCUGUAACACAAUCCCCAACAUCUGUUGUCCAGUCGGCAUCUUCUACAACCGCUUCUUCAACAUCAUCGUCAGCUGUAACACAAUCUACAACGCCUGUUGCCCAGCCGACGUCUGCUACAAUCGCUACUUCUGCAUCAUCCUCAACGUCUGUUGCCGAUUCGACGUCUGCCACAAUUGCUGCUUCAGUAUCCCCCUCAACGCCGUUUGUGCAGUCGACUUUCGCUACAACCACUCCUUCGACAUCAUCGUCAGGUGUCACACAAUCUUCAACAUCUGUUGUCCAGUCGACGUCUUCUACAAUCGCUGCUUCAACAUCAUCGCCAGCUGUGACACAAUCUUUAACACCUGUUGUCCAGUCGAAGUUUGCCACAAUCGCUGCUUCAACAUCAUCUUCAACACCUGUUGCUCAGACGACAUCUGCUACAAUCACUCCCCCAACAUCCUCAUCAGCCGUCACACAAUCUUCAACACCUGUCGUCCAGGUGACGUCUGCUUCAAUCACUGCUUCAGCAUCAUCGUCAACCAUGACACAAUCUUCAACACCUGUUCUCCAAUCCACGUCAGCUACAAUCACUCCUACAACAUCAUUGUCAGCUGUAACACAAUCUCCAACAUCUGUUGUCCAGUCGGCGUCUUCUACAACCGCUACUUCAACAUCAUUGUCAGCUGUGACACAAUCAUCAACAUCUGUUGUACAGUCGGCGUCUUCUACAACCGCUGCUUCAACAUCAUCGUCAGCUGUAACACAAUCUACAACGCCUGUUGCCCAGCCGACGUCUGCUACAAUCGCUACUUCUGCAUCAUCCUCAACGUCUGUUGCCGAUUCGACGCCUGCCACAAUUGGUGCUUCAGUAUCCCCCUCAACACCUUUUGUCCAGUCGACUUUCGCUACAACCACUCCUUCGACAUCAUCGUCAGGUGUCACACAAUCUUCAACAUCUGUUGUCCAGUCGGCGUCUUCUACAACCGCUGCUUCAACAUCAUCGUCAGCUGUGACACAAUCUCCAACAUCUGUUGUCCACUCGGCGUCUUCUACAACCGCUGCUUCAACAUCAUUGUCAGCUGUGACACAAUCUUCAACACCUGUUGUCCAGUUGACGUCUGCGGCCAUCGCUUCUUCAGCAUCAUCGUUAACUGUAACACAAUCUACAACGCCUGUUGCCCAGCCGACGUCUGCUACAAUCGCUACUUCUGCAUCAUCCUCAACGUCUGUUGCCGAAUCGACGUCUGCCACAAUUGCUGCUUCAGUAUCCCCCUCAACGCCUUUUGUGCAGUCGACCUUCGCUACAAUCACUCCUUCGACAUCAUCGUCAGAUGUGACACAAUCUUCAACGCCUGUUGUCCAGUCGACGUCUGGCGCAGUCGCUGCUUUAGGAUCAUCGUCAGCUGUAACACAAUCUACAACGCCGGUUGCCCAGUCGACGUCUGCCGCAAUCACAGCUUCAGGAUCAUCGUCAGUUGUAACACAAUCUACAAUGCCUGUUGUCCAGUCGACGUCUGCUACAAUCACUGCUUCAACAUCAUCGUCAGCUGUAACACGAUAUCCAACGCCUGUUGUCCAGUCGGCGUCUGCUUCAAUCACUCCUACAACGUCAUCGUCAGGUUUCACACAAUCUACAACACCUGUUGUCCAGUUGACUUCUGUUACAGUCUCUACUUCUGCAUCAUCCCCAACGCCUGUUGGCCAGUCGGCGUCUGCUACAACCACUGCUUCAACAUCAUUGUCAGCUACAAUCGCUGCCUCAGCAUCACCAUCGACGCCCGUUGCCCAGUCGACAUCUGCCACAAUCGCAGCUUCGGCAUCGUCGUCAUUGCAAUUAUCGUUUGCUGUGACACAAUCUGUAUUAUCUGCUGA